GCGACCAGUUUCAAAUUUUCAAACGGAGGAUCACCUCGCCGACUGUAGGGUCGUUCAGCGGAGAGGUUUUUCAUCAGUAAUAGAAAAACUUAGUGAUCAAAUUAUCACCUUAGUUUUUAAAAAAAUAAAGCAACGAAGGAACAAUGGCGGAACCACUGAAGGCCCUUUUUGAAAACAAGCCUUUGGAAAAGACAAAGAAAGACCCAAAGCGUCUUUCAGUGGAGAGGAUCUACCAGAAAAAGACCCAGUUGGAGCACAUUUUGCUCAGACCUGAUUCUUACAUUGGCUCUGUUGAGCCUGUGACCCAGCAAAUGUGGGUGUACGAUGAGAAUGUUGGGCUGAACUGCCGGGAUGUGACGUUUGUGCCUGGACUUUACAAGAUUUUUGAUGAGAUUCUUGUAAACGCAGCUGACAACAAGCAGCGGGACAAGACCAUGUCAUGCAUCAAAGUCAACAUUGAUGUUGAAAACAACACCAUCAGUGUGUGGAAUAACGGGAAAGGGAUUCCUGUGGUGGAGCACAAAGUGGAGAAGGUCUACGUUCCUGCUCUCAUCUUUGGACAGCUCCUAACUUCCAGCAACUAUGAUGAUGAGCAGAAGAAAGUCACUGGUGGACGAAAUGGUUACGGAGCCAAGCUGUGCAACAUCUUCAGUACCAAGUUUACUGUUGAGACCUCCUGUAAAGAGUCCAAGAAAACUUUCAAACAGACUUGGUAUGACAACAUGGGGAGAACAGGAGAUCCGAGCAUCAAAGGCUUUGAUGGAGAGGAGUACACGUGCAUCACCUUCAAGCCAGACCUGCGCAAGUUCAAGAUGAGCAUCCUGGACAAAGAUACGGUGGCUCUGAUGACCAGGAGGGCUUAUGAUGUCGCUGGAUCCUCCAAAGGAGUCAAAGUGUUCUUCAAUGGGAAGAAGCUGCCUAUUACAGGCUUUCGUAGCUAUGUGGACAUGUACGUGAAGGACAAGGUGGAUGAGCUGGGCGGCCCCCUCACGGUGAUCCACGAGGUGGUCAAUGAGCGCUGGGAGGUCUGCCUCACCAUGAGCGAGAAGGGCUUCCAGCAAGUCAGCUUUGUGAACAGCAUCGCCACCACGAAGGGAGGCAGACACAUCGACUAUGUGGCUGACCAGGUAGUUGGUCGCCUGAUCGAAGUGGUGAAAAGGAAAAACAAAGCCGGUGUGACCGUCAAGCCUUUCCAGGUGAAGAACCACAUGUGGCUGUUUGUGAACUGCCUGGUGGAGAACCCGACCUUUGACUCUCAGACCAAAGAGAACAUGACGCUGCAGCAGAAGAGCUUCGGCUCCACUUGUCCUCUCAGUGACAAGUUCUUCAAACAGGCUACGUCUUGUGGCAUUGUUGAAAGCAUCAUGAACUGGGUGAAGUUCAAGGCUCAGACUCAGCUCAACAAGAAAUGUUCAGCCGUCAAACACACCAAAAUCAAGGGUGUGCCAAAGCUGGACGAUGCUAACGAUGCAGGAGGGAAGAACUCCAUCGGCUGCACGCUGAUCCUAACGGAGGGAGACUCAGCCAAGACGCUGGCUGUGUCCGGGCUGGGAGUGGUCGGAAGAGACCGCUACGGAGUUUUCCCUCUCCGGGGAAAAAUGCUGAACGUUCGGGAGGCCUCGCACAAACAGAUUAUGGAAAACGCGGAAAUCAACAAUGUCAUCAAGAUCCUCGGCCUCCAGUACAAGAAGAACUACAGCGACCCAGAAUCCCUCAAGAGUCUGCGUUACGGCAAGAUUAUGAUCAUGACAGAUCAGGAUCAAGAUGGCUCCCACAUUAAAGGUUUGCUCAUCAACUUCAUCCACCAUAACUGGCCGUCGCUGCUCCGCCAUAACUUCCUGGAGGAGUUCAUCACCCCCAUCAUCAAGGCAUCAAACAAGAAAACCAGUCUGUCCUUCUACAGCAUCCCAGAAUUCAACGCUUGGAAAGAGACUCAAACUAACCACAAAUCCUGGAAGAUAAAAUACUACAAAGGUUUGGGAACCAGCACAUCGCAGGAGGCCAAGGAGUACUUCUCCGACAUGGACAGACACCGGAUCCCGUUCAAGUACUCGGGGCCUGAAGACGACGAAGCGAUCAGCCUGGCCUUUAGCAAAAAGAAAGUGGAGGAGCGGAAAGAGUGGCUCACCAACUUUAUGGUUAACAGGCGUCAGCGCCGAGAACACAACCUCCCCGAGGAUUACCUCUAUGGUCAGGCCACCAAGUCCCUGUCCUACAACGACUUCAUCAACAAGGAGCUCGUGCUUUUCUCCAACUCUGACAACGAGAGGUCCAUCCCCUGCCUGGUGGACGGUUUCAAACCGGGUCAGAGGAAGGUGAUGUUCUGUUGCUUCAAGAGGAACGACAAGCGGGAGGUGAAGGUGGCUCAGCUGGCUGGUUCUGUCGCCGAGAUGUCGGCGUACCACCAUGGAGAGGUCUCCCUGAUGAUGACCAUCGUCGGUUUAGCCCAGAACUUUGUGGGAAGCAACAACCUGAACAUGCUGCAGCCUCUGGGUCAGUUCGGAACCAGGCUGCACGGAGGCAAAGACUCUGCCAGCCCUCGAUACAUCUUCACCAUGCUCAGUCCCUUGGCCCGCCUCCUUUUCCCGCCCGUUGACGACAACUUACUCAAGUACAACUACGACGACAACCAGCGCGUGGAGCCGGAGUGGUACAUACCCAUCAUCCCCACUGUGCUGGUGAACGGUUCUGAGGGAAUCGGUACCGGCUGGGCCAGCAAGAUUCCCAACUACGACAUCAGGGAGAUCAUCAGUAUCAUCCACCGAAUGCUGAACGGCGAGGAGCCUCUGCCCAUGCUUCCAAACUACAAAGGCUUCAGAGGAACAAUCGAGCAUGUUAUGAACAACCAGUACAUGAUCAGCGGGGAGGUGGCGAUCAUCGACUCCACCACCAUCGAGAUCUCUGAGCUGCCGGUGAAAACCUGGACUCAGGCGUACAAGGAGAACGUGCUGGAACCGAUGCUGAACGGCACCGACAAAGUCCCCGCCCUGAUCACGGACUACAAGGACUAUCACACCGACACCACCGUGCGCUUCGUGGUCAAGAUGACGGAGGAGAAGCUGAUGGAGGCGGAGGCUGCCGGCCUGCACAAAGUCUUCAAGCUGCAGAGCCCCCUCACCUGCAACUCCAUGGUCCUGUUCGACCACACGGGCAGCUUGAAGAAGUACGAGUCGGUGCAGGACAUCCUGAAGGAGUUCUUUGAGUUGAGGAUGAAGUACUACGUGCUGAGAAAGGAGUGGCUGACCGGCAUGUUGGGGGCGGAGAGUUCUAAGCUGUCAAACCAGGCCCGCUUCAUCCUGGAGAAGAUCCAGGGCACUCUGGUCAUCGAGAACAAACCUAAGAAGGUGUUGAUCAAGAUGCUGCAGCAGAUGGGCUACGACUCCGACCCCGUCAAAGCGUGGAAGGAGGCGCAGAAGAAGGAUGAAGAAGAAGUGGAGGCUGAAGAGCAGCAGGAGGAGGAAGAGAAGGAGGACCAGAGCAGCGGGCCGGACUACAACUACCUGCUCAGCAUGCCCAUGUGGUUCCUGACCAAAGAGAAGAAGGAGGAGCUCUGCAAACAGAGAGAUGCGAAGAUGACAGAACUGAACACCCUGAAGGGAAAGAAUCCAUCGGAUCUGUGGAGGGAAGACCUGGCUGCGUUCUCUGAAGAACUGGAGCGCCUGGAGCAACAGGAAAAGGAGGACGCCGCGGUGCCCGUCAAGCGUCCCGCCAAAGGAAAAAGACCGGUGAAGGUGAAGCAGGAGACGCUGCCCACUCCUCAAGGCCGCCGCGUCGUCCCGCGCGUCACCAGCACCAUGAAGGCCGAAGCGCACAAGAAGGCCGACCUGAAGAAAGGAGAAGGCAAGAGGGGGAAGAAAGCAAAGGGGGAUGUUGUGGUGAAGAUGGAGUUCGGUGAAGAUUCGGAGAACCUGGAGCAAAUCGAGCAAACCGGUUUGGCUGCACGACUGGACAAGAAAACAAAAACCCAGACUAAAAAAGCUCUUUCCAGCAAAGGGAAGCAAACUACUCUUCAGUUCUCGUCAGUCUCCAAGAAGCCGAAGAAGAAUCCGUGGUCGGAUGAGGAAUCCGGAGCAGAAUCGGAAGACGAACCCGCCGUCCCGAGGGAGCGCGUAAGCCGGGCAGCCAAAGCUCCGGUAACGUACACUCUAUCUGACAGUGAAGAUGAGUUUGAUGAUGUGGGAAAGAACCGCACUUCGAAGCGGAAGGCCGUUGUCAGCGACGACGACGACAUCAGCUUCGCUGUGGAGACCGGCGUCGUCUCUGAUAGCGACGCGGCCUCUCCAGCUCCCGCCCCUAAAGCUCCAGCGGCGAAAAAAGUGACAAAGAAGAAGACUGUUGAAGAACCCAAAGUCAGCUCGAGCUCUCCGUCUGAUGAUCCGGCGCCUUCUAAGGCUGCAGCUGCAAGCAAAACCAAAGGGACCGCAGCAAAGAAGGCUGCUCCUUCCAAGAAACCAGCUGCUUCAAAGAAGAAGGCUGCAGAUACAAAGCAGCCGUCCAUCUUGGAUGUCCUGUCAAAGCCUAAAGCUGCAGCCAAGAAGGCUACUGCUCUCAUCUCCAGUGACUCUGAGAACGAAGCCAAAGCUGCCAAAAAGAAGCCCAAACCCGUUCUGAAACGCAAACAGAGCAGCAGCGACGAUGACUCCGACUCUGACUCUGGCGACCUCAUGGCACGCCUGAAGAGCAGAGCAAGCGUCGGCACAAAGAAAACUAAGAAAUGGAGUGAAGAUGAAAGCUUACAUGUCUCAGAGGAGGAAGAAGUGGCGCCACGAGAUAAAGCCCCACGAGCGCGAAAACCUUUCACCUUCAAGCUAGACUCUGAGUCGGAUGAAGACUUUUAAACUGCUCACUGUUUUUCUGUUGUUUUUUUUAUAGAAUUGGCCUUUUUAAACAAAUAUAAUUAAGUUUUUGUUGUUGUUUUUUUAGUCAAUUUGUUUGCAGCUUCAAAAUGGCAACGAGUUGAAACUUUACUGUUCAAUAACAUUUUUAUGUGGUGUCUCAAAAGGCCGUCAUUUAACAUCUUUUUUGUCAAUUGUUCCUGUUUUGUAAAUAUUUCAACGUCUGUUUAUCUCAGUUUUUUCUAAGAAUAAAGUUGUGUAUUGGUUGUUAAUGUCAAA